GAACAUGGGAGACAACUAUUGUUUUUUCCCCGGAAUGAGGAUGUAAACAAGAUGGCUUCCAACGAUAUAGAUUAUCAUGCUAGAAGUCUUUUGCAGUUAGCAAGAUCGUUGGGAGCAAUUAAACCAACUCCAUGGGAAAAGGUAGAGCGUCUGAUGUUAAUGUGUCCAAAUUCAAAGGAUAAAAGUGGAACUCUUCGAUUAGAUGGACGUGGUCAAAAUGCAAUUAUUGCUUUGGGUGUAUAUUUGCUGGAAUCUGGUCUGCAGCACAGUGAAGUGAUCAUAGAGUAUUUGUUGAUGGUACUGGAAAGGAUGCCAAAUGCACAGUGGGUGGACGGUCCCAUAGGAAUCAACAAGUACAAUUUACCGAUGACUGAGAAUUUCAGUUUUUGUUUUAACACAAUUUUAUCUGAUGUUGCAAAAAGACUUCCUUCAUACAAAGACAAGAUAAUUAAUAAUCAGCUGAAAGUUUUGGAAUUCAUGACAGCCUUAUGUGAACAACCUGGAUCACAUGUCACAGAAUUUCUCCUUGGUAUAAGAGUUAGAGAGAGACUGUGCACUAGGCAGAUACCAAUGUUACUUGGUCUAGCAAGGUCAAUAGGUCGCUCCAGUGAUGAAGAGUGCUCACUUAUUUCCUACCUACUGUCUGUCAGGGAGGCACCAAUAUCCAUGCAGCGUGUGCCUCGAACUGAGCCUGUGCACCGCAGCAAUUUCAACUCAUUUCGAUCCAUCAUGCCCCGCACCAUGUCAACUGUUUUCACUCACUCUGAGGCUGGCUCUUCAAGUGUAUCAGGGGCCGGGUCUUCUGAUGCUGUUGGGGAUGGGGCGACGGAAAGGAAAUCCAGCUUUAGAGAUAGGUCGCCUUCACCCUUGGACUCAACAGGUAGAGACACUACCAUGUCAGGUGUAACCAGCAACCUGGGAGAUGUUCUCCCCUACACAAUCUAUUUUAACAAGAUCGCCUCAAGUUUCACACGGACGAGGCCAUGGGGUUUUGAGAUCAUCCCAGAACAGGAUCAUCUUAAAUUUAAUGAGGAACAGUUAAAUUGGAUUUUACAAUGUGCCAAGCGACUGUUAAAGCGCAGAGUGCUGAAUGGGCUGGAUCACAUUUUAAAGGAUGUUAUAGCUGUUUCAAAUGGAAAUCUUGUUCGCUUUCCAUACAAGUCAUUUAGCGAGACAAUUAGUGUCAUUAUCCUUGCUCUUCUUAGAGACAUUUUGGAACAAGAAAAAGAUUUACCUGUGGAGUUUAUGAAGGAAGUUCAGGACUUUGUCAAGGGACUUUAUCAGGCAGGUCAGUUUGACCUAGAGAGCAAGCCUUCAAACCAUGCAUUAAAGGAAAAGUUGACAGAUUUCAAUCCCUACCAGCUUCUGGUACACGCCAACGGAGCUUGUGUUGACCUUUUGUUUUGGUCUAUUCGAGAGGAAUCAGAGGCAGAAAACUUGUGUGUAAAACUAACUGAGAGAAUCAGCACCAAUACAGAGAGAAGGCUGUUGUUGUCGCACACACCACUUCUGUUAGCUUCAUUAGAGGCACUAGGUAAAAUGGCUGUAAAGUUUCCUAAUUUAGCCAAUGCAAUGGUGGCAUCUCUUCGAGAUUUCCUAGUCAGUCCAUCCCCCAUUUUAAGUAAAUUAAACAAAUAUGCCAUCUCUGAACAAGGAGGUAAAUACUCUUCCAGUGGUGGAGGAAUCCGCAUUACUGUCACAGAUGAGGAUAAAAAGGAAAGAGGGGGAGGGGUUGCCAAAGCUCCUAAAAGUUGUCUCCUAGCAACCAUGGAAAAUUUAAGGGACAAUGCCAUUCAUAAUAUUUGCAGGGCUUUACGAGCUGGCCAGCAGGUAGAUGAAGAAUGUGUCCCAGCAUUCCUGGCCUCCAUAUCUAAUCGUCUGUACCGUGCCGAGCUGAGCGACAGGAUCACCAAUACCAAGUCUGCUGAUACUAGGUGGCAGCAGUUGAAAAUGGUUAUGAAAUUCAUUAACCCUACAACGUCCAAUUAUGAGCUUGUUGAUGUUCUAAGAGAAUCAAAUCUCAUUUCUACCAACACAAUCCUGACAUUAGGCCACCUGGCAGUGGUACUGAAGGACCAGCCCAAGUUGGUUGAAUCUAUCCUUCAAAUCUUUCAACAGCGCUUCUGUUCACCUCCCUCACAGUUAGAUGUUCUCAUUGUUGACCAAAUGGGUUGCAUGGUGAUGGCUGGCUGUUCUAGUAUCUACCACGAAGUCCUGAGUAUGUUUACCCAGAUCAGUGUAGAAAGUAGCUCACCUUACAAUGUCAAUGAAGCCAAUGACAAACUACGAGGAUUCAGGUUGGUGUCACAGGCUGUCAUCAAUGCCUUUGCCAACAUUGCAGCCAACAUUCAAGGGGAAGCCGAGCAGUUGGAUCUGCUCUCUCGACUCUUGGAGUUGUUUGUACAGCUAGGGCUGGAUGCUAAAAGGAUCAAUGAAAAAAUUUCUGGUCUCAUGAAGGCUUCUUCUAGUGCGGGAAAUUUAGGUUUACUUAUUCCUGUCAUUGCAGUGCUAAUGAGAAGAUUACCACCAAUUAAAGAACCAAAACGACGGCUUCACAAACUGUUUCGAGACUUUUGGCAGUAUUCUGUUGUCAUGGGUUUUACAAAUGAAAACCAAGGUCUGUGGCCCACUGAGUGGUAUGAGGGUGUGUGUCAAAUAGCCAUCAAAUCCCCACUCCUCAUUUCAAAAGAAAACAUAAGCAAAGAACUUUUGUACAACACGGCCUUGAGAAAUGAUGCUGUAGCCCCAAAUGAGCUAACUGACCUGCGUAACAGCAUCUCUAAUCUCCUGGACAACCCAGAAGUGACAACCCUGAUCAACCGGCUCAACUUUGCCCAGUGCACUUAUUUACUUUCUGUUUAUAAGCUUGAAACUCUCAGAGUCACUCAUUCAUCAGAUCCCAAUUCUGUCCAUGGAAUCUUCGAAUACCUAGAGGAUCGGUUUCUUUUCCUAGAUAAAUUAGGCAUGUGGCAGUGUGUAGCAGCUGUAGCUGAGAAAACAUUUGACAAAUACAUGGAUGAGCUAGAUGCAAAGCCAAAAACAGAAGAGAAAGAAAAACAAAUUGAAGCUCACGCCCAGUUCCUGUUGGUCAAGUUUAACCACACCUACAAGCGAGUCAGGAUGACAGCCGACAAGUUCAUCUCCAAAUUUGUCAGCAGAUUUCCACAUUUCCUUUGGAGUGGCAAAGUUUUGAAAGCCAUGCUGGACAUCCUACAAGUUGUCUGUGCUGCCUUAGACCUGGACCCCCAUGAAGAUGCUCCAGAGAUACAAAUUCCUGACACCCCUUACAAACUUCGGAUAAUGGAAAAUCUGAAUUCCAGAGAUCAAGUAGUGAAAGACUUCUCUGCCCGUAGUUCGACCAUCCUGCAAGAAUCCAUGAAGUGGGCCCCCAACGCUGUGAGGUCUCACCUCAUUGAGUAUGUGCUGCAGAUGAACACGGAGGCCAAGGGCUUGUUGAUGCACAGCGGUCUGGCCAUGGCCACAGAGAGCGUCCUCAACUAUGCUGGGUACAAGAGCAGAGAAGGUGUAGCAACUUUGCCUGCAUCACUAGACAGACGGCCAAGUUGUGUACAUUCAGAAAGUUCCAGUUUUAUGGCUAAUCUGAGCAUUAGAUCUCGAUACCUAGGAGAGGUGAAUGGCAUGCUGGACAUGUGUGAAGACUGGGCCACAAUUGAAGAGAAGAUGUGUGAAAAGUUACAUAACGCUUAUCUUAAUGGGGAUGUGGCUGUGGCUAAAGUGUCCAUGCUGAGAAUCACUGCUCUACAGAUCAAAAGACCAGGCAUAAGUCACCACCUCCUUCAAGCAAUCUGUUGGGGCCCUGUCAAGCUCUUUAAUGUCGAGGUUAUGGAAGUUGUAAUCAUGUGUUGGGAGUGGAUGCUCUCUGCCAGGCCAGAAUUUACUCUAGAGUUCCUUUGUUUGAUGGCAUCAGCCUGGCAAGUGUGUGCUGAUAUGAAGCUGGGGAUAUUUGCUCCAGACCAGCCCAGGGCUGACCCCUUGGCAAAAGCAGAGGAUCAGAGACUGGCACCUAAUCCCCCGGUGGUUGGACCCCACAACCUGUGGACUAAGUUCUUACAAGAGAGGGUCGAGAUAUCCAAGUACAGCGACUCUGCACAAAUACAGAUUUUUCUAACCCUGCUCAACAAAUCCUUGUCAGUCACUGUUGGUAAAAGGCCUUCAAUUAUCUCUCGUCACACUGCGGCUAUUGGACCAAGAUAUAGGCUUCUGUCAAUGGGAUUGUCCCUGCUGCAAGGAGAUAUCCUUCCCAACACACCAGCUAAAACUGUGCUCAGAGAAAGGGUCUAUUCAGCAACUUUAGAUUUCUUUUGUGGUCCUCCCAUCUGGCCGUCACAACAACCAAGUGAACUGAGAGAGGACAUCAACUUGCUCAUCUCCUACUGGCAGAAAAUGCAUUACGACAAGAAGCAUUUGUCAUCUAACAUGGUAUCAUUAGCCGGCGCCAUGGACUCAUCCUCCCCGCCUGCGGUCAUCUCCUCCACUGGUCAGCAGGACCUGCGCCUACAGACCGGGUGGAUGAACACCCUCAGCAACACGUCCACCUACUCCAAGCGCUCAGUGGAUUUGCUCGCUCCUAGCUAUAGUGCUUACAGUGACUAUGAUUUGGGCGAGACACUUAAAGGAACCAGUAGGAAGGGGCAGGUGAAUGAAAACAGUUUGGUCAAAGAUUACAUCAGGAAGAGAAAUAUUAUUUUAUGUCUUGUGGCCAACACUAUUGACACCCUGAUCACCAUACACAACCCGCUGGAGCUGGCGGAACAGAAGUUGCAGGAUGAGGAGUUGAUCUACACCUGGGCCAGACACAACCUGACAGACAGACAAUGGAGGGACAUAGCCAACUAUUCCUGGGAGCUCUCCCCCACCUUGGCUGUCUACCUACCAUUCAGAUUCAGAAACUGUGAUACUUUGAAAAGGGAAGCAACUCGCCUUGUUUCGCUGAACCCAGAGAGUGUGUCCCACAUUCCAGAAGCCAUCAGUUUUCUUGUCACAGCCAACAGUGUGGAGGCAGACACACCAGAGCUGUCCCACAUAAUGACCUGGGAGAAAGUCUCACCUGUGUUGGCCUUGUCCUACUUCUCCAGACAGUACCCGCCCCACCCCCUCACAGCACAGUACGCCAUCAGAGUUCUGAGAGCCCAGCCUUCAGAAGUUUUGUUGUUCUACAUACCACAAAUUGUGCAAGCCUUGCGCUAUGAUCCUAUGGGGUAUGUUAGUGAGUUUAUCCUGUGGGCAGCCAAGAAGUCCCAACUUCUGGCCCACCAGUUUCUGUGGAACAUGAAGACAAAUAUCUACCAUGAUGAAGAAGCUACAAUGAAAGAUGAAUUUAUUGGUGAAAAACUGGAGGAAAUGGAAAAGAAAAUUAAACAACAAUUAUCUGGGACUGCUCUAAAAUUUUAUGAAAGAGAAUUUGAUUUCUUCACCAAAAUUACUGAUAUCUCUGGCAUAAUUAGACCUUUCCCUAAAGGGAGAGAACGCAAACAAGCCUGUCUGGAUGCUCUUUCUAAAGUACAACUACAACAUGGGUGUUACCUCCCUUCUAACCCAGAGGCCAUUGUGUUGGAGAUAGAUUACUCAUCAGGAACUCCUAUGCAAAGUGCUGCCAAGGCUCCGUUCCUGGCCAGAUUUAAAGUCCAACACUGUGGCAUCAAUGGCCUUGAAAGGUUGGCCUCCUCUGAGACAAUGACCAGUUUGGCCAUAGAGAAGAAGAUCAUGUCCGAGGGUUCAGGUGUGGACAGUGCUAAGGCUGUGCUACAGAUCCACUGGCAGGCUUGUAUCUUCAAGGUUGGGGACGAUGUCAGACAGGACAUGCUGGCUUUACAGGUGAUAGAAAUGUUCCGCAACAUUUUUGAGCAAGCCGGGUUAAAGUUAUACCUGGCCCCAUACAGAGUGGUAGCCACAGCACCAGGGUGUGGAGUAAUAGAAUGUGUUCCCAACAGCAAAUCCAGAGACCAAAUUGGUCGGCAGACUGACAUCACACUGUUUGAAUAUUUCUUGGCCACGUUUGGGGAUGAGCAGUCUCCAGCUUUCCAGGAGGCACGUCACAAUUUUGUGGUGUCCAUGGCUGCGUACAGUAUAGUCAGCUUCCUGCUUCAAAUCAAGGACAGGCAUAACGGCAACAUUAUGAUCAAUACAACAGGACAUAUUAUACAUAUUGAUUUUGGCUUCAUGUUUGAAAGUUCACCUGGAGGAAAUCUUGGCUGGGAACCAGACAUUAAACUAACAGAAGAAAUGUUUCGAGUUAUGGGAGGGGCAAUGGAUGCUCCCCCUUUCCAGUGGUUUAUGGAACUUUGUGUGCAGGGAUUUUUGGCUGUCAGACCCUACCAGGAUGCAAUCAUCUCCUUGGUAUCUCUCAUGUUGGAUACAAGGUUGCCUUGUUUUAGAGGUCAGACAAUCAAACUUCUCCGCGCAAGAUUUGCACCCCAGGCCAGUGAGAGAGAGGCGGCAAACUUUAUGUUAAAAGUUGUACGAGACAGUUGUCUCAACUGGCGUGGUAAAACUUAUGACAUGUUGCAAUACUAUCAGAACCAAAUUCCUUACUAGAAUAUCUAUAAAAA